GGAAAUUCAAAACAAAAGCCAGUCAUAUGUGUUGAGUUCAUCAAAACAAUGAAAAGUCUAAGGCUAUUUGUGAAUCACUAGCAAUUUUACGGUGAAUUAAAAUAAAAUUAAAAAAAUAGAAUUUUUACUCAACUUCAUAUGAUAAUCACUAGCAAUGGGAGAUCUAGAUGCAGCUGUGAUAAAACGUACACAACAAACGUUGGGUAAAUACGUGAAGAAGCCCCCCUUAACGGAGAAGCUGUUGACAAAACCACCUUUUCGCUUUCUGCACGAUGUCUUUAAUGCCGUCAUUAAAGAAACUCGUUGCUUUGUUGGACUUUACACGCCUGAGGAGCUGAAUUCUGAUAACAUCAAAGAUCGCGAUGACAAGAUGAGGUUUUUGCAGAAAAUGAUUGAUGUCAUAAAAAUUGUAUCCAAUAAACCGUUAACUGUACGGACUUCAAAAAUAGUAGCUGGUCAAGAGCCAGAAAAGACCAAUGAAUUACUGCAAUUGAUGGGAGAAGUGAUUGAUAAGAAAUUAGAUUGGAAAAGUGCUGUCGAACAAGUUCUAAACGGUAAAGGUCCGGAGAAGGCUACCAGCUCUACGAAAGCCGAUCCUCGUGACAAACAAGUUGACAAAAAGAACAAGGAUAAGACAAACGAAAAAUCCAAGGACAAAGAAAAUCGCAUUAAAGAUGCAAAAACUAAAGACAUUAAAAAAGUCGGUAAAACUACCUCACCUCCCACGAAAUCAGACAAACCAUCGAAAAAGUCCACCGAAGCCAGAGAAGUAGAAAAAUCUAGAAAAAUAAGGAACGGAUAUGUACCGAAGGAUACGAAGGAUAAAACUGUUAAGAAAAGUGAAAAAUCUACAGAGAAAUCAAAACUUUUAAAAAGCAGAACUGAUUCCACCAAAGAAAAGAGUUCUUCGCCUAACAUAGUAGAAGGAUCUAGGGAAACGGAAACUAUUCAUUUGAUUAGCAAUGAACCUAAUCUGACAUUGAAAACCAAUUUAGAGGGACUUGGAACUAUUGAACCGGAGAGAGGCCCAUCGGAGACACCAUCAAAAAGUAAUUCUAUAGAAAACCAUAGACGAAGCAGCAAAGUCUCGGAGCAAGAUCUAAUGGGAUCCCAAGUUGUUGUGGAUAACAAUUCAGCAUUGGGUAUGACCACAAACGCUAUUGAAGCUCCUACUGAGCUUGGAAGUCGCAAGUCUUCUGCACGACGUAAAAAAUCAUCAGGGAGUAGUCGCCAAUCAAGCGCUAAUGUGGCAGCUCGAGAAGAACGGGAAGCAACAAUCCAAGAACCAAUGCAAAAUAUAAAAGACGAAAACGAUAAUAUGAAUGGGAAUAUUUUAAAGAAAAUACCAAAUGGGCCAGCGCCACAGAACGAACUCCGGCAUGAAGAGGAACCAGAAGUUGUACAGAAAUCACAUUCGCAACAACAAAAGCCGAAAACAAUACAAGCCCAAGGCGAAAUCCAAUCACCAGCACCACCUCCCACCGCAGUCCAACCUACACCCACUGAGGUAAGGCGUGAGCACACAUUCACACGCGAGAACUCACGUGAAAGUAGUACUAUUGCAAAUCGACCAAGAACCUCCCUGCGACCGCCGAGUGCACGACCGGCAUCAGCACGCCCUGGUGCGCCACGGAGACGGGACCGUAACAUAGAGAUUGUAUUACAGCCGAAUGACCAAGUAAAAUCGUCAGGUACCAAUGUGAAACUGGAGAGCUUCGGUGAUUUGGAUGACGAUGGUGAGAAUUUAGUUGUCAUAGAAGAUGCGACUACUGUCAAUAUCGGGGAGUCACCCGAGGAAGUGGCGCGUGUUGAAGAGACUGACAUCGAGCAUAAUUUGGAACAACAAGGACAUUUGGUCCAACAAAUACUCGAGACGCAGAAAGAAUUAAUGCAGCAGCCAACUGGAAAUAGCUCAAAUGGAAAGAAUGAAAAGGAUACGGACCUUGCCAACAAUUUAAUUGGGCGUCAAAGCUCAGCACGCCAAAUGAAUAAUCUGCGUGACGUCAUUCAAAAUUUGACUAAGUCAGUUAAUCCGUUUGGAAAGUUAAUGGAUUUCAUACCAGAAGAUAUCGACGCUAUGCAAUUGGAGUUGACCAUGUGGCGGGACACGUAUACACAGGUGGCUAACGAGCUUAGGCGUGAAAAGAGUCUCACCGAGUCGGCAACGGAGCCUAUGAAAAACCAACUUGUGCAAAUUGAAGCCAACAUCAAGGAGUUUAUAGAAAUGAUUGAUGCGAGUCGUACUAAAAUAUUGCAAAGUUCAGAGAAAAUAUUAAAAAUGCUUGCAGACCAGUAAAGUGACUAAAAUUUAAACUAUAUAAGUAUUAUGUGUAUGUACUUAGGAGU